CUUGACACGCCGCCCACGCAGCCGAGCAUUCAUUAGACUUAAUUGAAUGAAAGCUCACGAAAAUUCAAGAUUUCGCUCAAUUUGAUAAGUUUGCGUGCAAUAUGUGGUGGUGCACGGAGCUGCGCGGUGGUGCAAAUUGAGCCACAAAAGCAACAAAUUUCUGGCUCGUCUCAGUUUCAAUUCAGCGCCAGAAGUCGAGCAAUCAAGACGCGUAGAAAAUUCCCCGUCAGUUGUGUUUCAAGAGAAAAUGUGGAAAAUAUGUUUGUUUGCGCUGCAAGUUCACCUGCUGGUGGCUCCGCUCACAGCUAGUUGCCCCAUUUUCUUGACAAUUUCGCUGUCGGGCAAAUCGCUGACCGAUGCCUGUUUGGAGAUCAAUUGGGGACCUGACUGCUAUGCACCGCCCGAGUGGGUGGGCAUCUAUCGCCAGGAUCCGUCCGUGUCGAACUUCCAGCCGGAGCUGCGCAUCGAUGGCAUACGCAAUCGCACGGGCAAGCGACAGACGCCCAUUAAGCUGGGCAAGCUGCAGUUUCCAGGUGGUUGGAAUCGACCCACAGCGGAGCAGGCCACGGCCACCAAGUACCCAAAAGGCAAGUGUUUGCCCUACUAUGUGGCCAGCUACAAUGGCAACGAGCUGCUGACUAUUGAUUGCCUGAAGAUACAGCCCAAUUGGCUGGCACACCUCAAGGAUGCUGCCGGUAUGCCGCUGAAGCAUCUCUUUCUGCCAGGCACACACGCCUCCGGCGCCUACAUUACCAACUACAGCAAGACCAAGUCGCUGCUGAUCAAGGACUAUCUGGUCGCUCAGCACUUCGAUGUGUGGUCGCAGCUGGUCUUUGGCAUACGCUAUCUGGAUCUGAGUGUGGGCUAUCGCUACAACGCGGACAGCAGCAGCGAGUCGGAUAACUUUUGGGUAGUCAACGAGAAUAUGUUCAUCAAUCCUCUAAUCGACAUCAUACGCGAUGUGCGUCGCUUUGUUGAGCUCUCGGAUGAGAUAGUUGUGCUGGACUUCAGUUCGUUUCCCAUUGGUUUCUACAAGCAUCCGGAGAUCUACAGCAGCCUGUAUCAUCUCAUACGCCAGGAGCUGGGCCAGGUGCUGUACGAGCGGAACGUGAGCACCAACGAACACUGCGCCGAUCGCAGCUUCAAUGAUCUGCGUGUGAUUGGCAGGCAGGUGUUGCUGCUGUUUCCCACGCAGGAGCUGCCACAUCCGGAGAAUGAAUCCGUGCUUCUCUGCACGCCCUGGCAGCGCUUUAGCACCAGCUACAUGAACAUGUCCCAGACCCUGGAUUAUAUGCGGCUGCUGUUUAGUCGAAAACCGGACUCACCUGUGCAGGACGACGGUUGGAUAUUCCAUGCAGUGAUGAGCAUUGAACAAGCGCUAAACUCACAUAAAUUGCAAACGGCCAAGGAACGAGCUGCAGUCAUCAAUCCAAAGGUAAAUCAAUGGCUCAACGGUCCUUGGGGCCCAAAUGCCAACGUCGUGGCCAUGGACUACUUCAGCAACACCAAUCUGAUCGAUGUGGCCAUACACGCAAAUGCACACAAGGCAUUCCUAGCGGCCAAUGACAAAUUUGUUAAUCUCGAAAUAUUGAGUCGACGUUAGUUAUUUUAUUCCUAUUCAAAUUUAUGAAGCAAAUACAGGCAAAGCAUCAGUUUCCAUGUAGUUGGCAGCGCUCCAUAUUUAGUCAGUAUACGAACCAAGCAGUUCAGCAAGCAGUCGAAUAUAUAUACUCGAAUAAAGCAGUGCAACUGUUCCAUAAAACAUGGUAAAGAAACUCAAGAAAAGAACCUUUUGA